AUGCGUUCUCCAGUAUUGUUCCGCGGAAGGCCAUUGUUGUAUCAUCGCUCACAUUAUUACCCGGAUGAAGCUGUCCAUGUUUGGGAACUUAUCCACGAGGCUCUGCAGAAUUCCGAAAGGACACAUGAUACAAAAACGAGGAUAUUACUUGUCCCCAACGGAAGCUACCGAAUCUGUGGUAAAAUGAUGGCGGAGGCUUAUUCAAAGCUCUGUCCUGAAGUGAUACGCCGCAUCUUCAUUAUUGGACGUACAUCACAUUUCCUUCCAUACGCCUGUGCACUUUCACAAAUGGAUUAUUUAAACUCACCACUUGGAAAGUUGCCGGUCGAUCAAGAGACCAAUGACAAACUGAUUAAAACCGGUGACUUCACCUACCUCGACUUCCCAACGGAUACCAAAGAGCAGUCUAUUGAAAUGCAAUUACCCUUCAUUUCAAAAGUGAUGGAAAAUCAGAAAGGCUACUUCAAGGUGGUUCCAGUCUAUGUUGGGACGUUAGCACAUGAUCAGCUCACAGUUGUGGCACGUCGUUUCCGUGAUUAUUUACAAGAACCGGAGAAUGCAUUCAUAUUUUCCGCAAGUCUAUGUCACUGGGGUGAUAUUUACGGAUUCAAUGCCCAGAUUCCGGAUGCGCCCACAGUUUUGGAUAGCAUCAAAGCUUUUGAUGAGCGAGCCAUUGCGGCAAUGAAAGAGCUACGAUUUAGACCUUUUGAUGAGUUUCUGCUUGAUACCAAAGCUAAAGUUUUGGACAACCAAAUAAUUGCACUCUUACUAUUCAUGGUUCGGCAACUCCUGAACGUAAACCUCCACACGCUCAUCAGCAUGGAUGAGGAGAAGGUUGUUGACCAAAUGCGAAAGCUAGCCAAAUUCAAACUUAUGGGUCAAGCGUGGUCGUAUCCGGAUGUAACACCGGCUGAUAGUUGUAUAUCUUACGUGUCAGCUGUCGUUGAACUGGAUGAAGAAAGGUACAUUCCAGAGGAGCCACCAGAACCGAAUCCACUGAAUAAACUUUGUUAA